CCGACCUCUCCACUAGGUAGUCAGUCUUUCCACCAGCCGUCCGUGUCUUUGUUCACCACGACUGCACACAAACACCUACAUACAACAAGGCUUUCGCGCCCUGGUGCACUCGUUAAUAAUUUCUCACACUCGUUACCCACGCCCACUGCAACGGUCAUGUGGAAGAGCGUGCUCCAAGCUGCAGCGGUGGCGCUUGCUGCCAGUGGCGUUCAAGCUGCCAGCUACGACGACAUUCCCGACAUUGAGGUCUUUGGCCAGCACUUUUUCUACACAAACAAUGGCUCGCAGUUCUUCAUGAAGGGCGUUGCCUAUCAGCAAAACUACAACCCCAACGGCUCCACCAGCGCCAAUACUACCUACACGGACCCUCUCGCAGACGGCGAUGCCUGCCGACGAGACAUUCCCUACCUGAAGCAGCUCUUCACCAAUGUCAUCCGUGUCUAUGCCAUUGACCCCACCCAGAACCACGACGACUGCAUGGCGCAGCUGGCUAGCGCUGACAUCUACGUCGUCUCGGACCUGGGCGAGCCCUCUACCUCGAUUCGUUCAAACGACCCAGAGUGGGAUGUUACUCUUUACACCAGAUACACAGGCGUCAUUGACUCGCUGAGCAAGUACAAGAACGUUAUUGGCUUCUUCGCCGGCAACGAGAACGUCAGUUCAGACAAUCAGACGGCUGCUGCUGCUUUUGUCAAGGCUGCUGUCCGUGACACAAAGACGUACAUCCAGAACCAAAACUACCGCAAGACCCUCGGUGUGGGCUAUGCUACUGCUGAUGUACCCUCCCGCGACGAGCUCGCUCAUUACUUUGCCUGCCAGCCCGGCGACUCAGGCAACAAGACCUCCAUUGACUUUUGGGGCUACAACGUCUACUCCUGGUGCGGCGACAGCAGCUACACAGCCUCCUCCUAUGACGAGCGCGUGAAGUUCUUCUCCGACUACCCCGUUCCCGUCUUCUUCGCCGAAUACGGCUGUAUCGAGGGCCUCCCCGGGGGUCCCACAAGCCGUCCCUUCACCGAAGUCCCCGUCCUCUACGGCAACAUGACGAGCGUCUUCUCAGGUGGCAUAGUCUACGAAUGGUUCAUGGGCGCCAACGACUACGGCCUCGUCGAGCUGACCGACAACGGCGCCAGCGUCUCACCUUACCCAGACUUCACUUCUCUCCGCAACCAACUGGCCUCCGUCACACCCUCCCCCACCCAACGCUCAGACUACAAGCCCACAAACACCGCCCCAGCCUGUCCCUCCAUCGGCGGCACUUGGCUCGCCGAGGCCUCACCCUUGCCUCCAACAGUCAAUCCCCAACUCUGCUCCUGCAUGCUCAACAGCCUCCAGUGCACCUACACCUCCAACGACCAAGACGCCUACUCCAACGACUUCAACUACAUCUGCGGCGCAAACCAAAAGUACUGCGAAGGCAUCGCCCGCAAUGCUACCACUGGAGACUACGGCUCGUACUCGGGCUGCGAUCCCAAGGACCAACUCGCGUUUGUGGCGAACCAGUAUUAUCUCGCCCAGAAUAAUAACCCCGAUGCGUGCUCCUUUUCCGGGAGGGCCAAGACGCAGUCGGCGACUACCGCGAGUGUCUGUACGCCCUUGCUGAGUGCGGCGGGCGUGGAUGGCCAGGGUUCUGUGCCGACAGCUACGGGUAAGGUCACGGCGGGCGUUAGCGGUGGUGGUGCGGUGAAGAGUUCCGGGUCGCCUGGUGCGGCAGCGCCGGGAGUGAAUGCGCCGGGCUUCUUUGCCCAUGGCAAGUUGGCCAUGGGCGUUUAUGCUGGCUUUGCGGCCUUUAGUUUCUUUGGCAUGCUGGUGCUGUGAGUGUUAAUCGUGGAUGGUCACACAACCUCCCUUCCUCUCUCUACCUCCUUUUUCUUUUUUCUUUUCUUGAUUGUAUUCUGGGGGUGAAGAGAGAAAAUAUUGUGGAGGAUCCCCUCUUUUUUUUUCCUUUGUCUAUGGGAAAUCACAAGGGCUUAGAGGAGUAUUGUAAUAGCAGUAGUAUAUCCAAGUUUCACAUCUCAUGUCUCUUGAGUGUUCUCUUCUUCUUGUUGUGUGCAAUCUGCUAGUUGAUUCAAUUACGAUUACC